AUGGAAAAGAGCGAAGAAAGAAACCCUAAGAGAAGCAAGAAGAUGGUGGCGGAACCUGGUCUGGUGCAAGGCGCGCUGCUGAAGCAGGUGGUGGAGGCCACCAGGGAGGUGGUGGGUGACGUCAGCAUCCGUUGGUUCACCGAUAACUUAACUCUGCGAUCCAAAGACUCUACAAAAAUGGCACUUGUCUCGGUCUUCUUCUCCGCCAAGACCUUCGCCGACUAUUGCUGCCACCGCACCAUCUCCAUGACCGUUAGCCUCAACGACAUAGCCAAGGUGCUCACGCGCGUCGCCGACCACGACGUCCUCGUCACUAUCAUACCCCACGCUCACGCCCAAUUCAUCACCUUCAGGUUCCAAAGCCCUCAAGAAAACAAAAUUUCUGAUUAUGAGGUGAGGGUGAAGGAGAAAGACAGUGUGCACCCACGUGUUCCCGACGGGCCGUACCAUGCAACGGUGAUGAUGCCUUCGGCUGAGUUUGCAGGAAUAUGGAGAAACUUCUCUUGCAUUGGGGACACUG